CAUAACAUAUGAUACUAAUUUAAGUGUCCUGGAUCCGGAUUUACGUUUACUAUGUUAAGUCUUGUCUAUGAGACCAGGCUGCAACAUCGACACAAUACAUUCUGACAAAUCCACUCUCACCGGCUCGCGACCGUGUUCACACUGCGCACAUCACUGCUUUUGUUAGCGUAAGCCCUGCCAAGUACGUGUUAUUGACGGACAACAGGCAGCUGAGGUAUGCAUUACCUCUCUUCUGUAAAGCUCCAAAAAUACUGGCGCUGGUUCUCUGGGUGUGUGACAUGUGUACUGUACAACUCUGUUUACCGUGAGAAUGGAGGACUGAAAUGACUAUACUUCCUCUCUUCUAAAAGUCGUACAUCAUCCCAUUGACCUCCUUCACUUUUGUUUUGUGUGAACUGUUAGUUCAAUUUGUCCUCUCUCUUUCCUGCUCAGGGAAUGCAGCCAUUCAAACAAACGGUAUGUUCUCUAUUUAUAGUGUAAGCAAACAGAGCAGUGUUUGUCUCCCGUCUCUCCAAUGCUACUGGGACUACUGAAUGAUCGGCUAUUUUUAUUUUUAGUUGAACCUUUAUUUAACUACAGAACACGGUUUAUGUGACAGACAUGGAUUUGGACCUGGGAGGGAUAUUUCUAGAGAAUAGCACCUAUAACUACGAUGGGGACUAUGUUUAUAAAGAGGAAUGCUCCCCUGAAGAUGGCGUUGGAGUGCGUUUUGGCACGGUGUUCCUCCCAAUGCUCUACUCCCUGACACUGGUCCUGGGGCUAGUGGGUAACGUGCUGGUCCUGGUGGUUCUGGUCCAGAGGAGGCGGAGCUGGAGCGUGAUGGACACCUUCAUCCUGCACCUGGGCUUGGCCGACACCCUGCUGCUGGUCACCCUGCCCCUCUGGGCUGUUCAGGCCACUGGGGAAUGGAGCUUCGGGACCCCCCUCUGCAAGAUCACUGGAGCCAUGUUCACAAUCAACUUUUACUGUGGCAUCUUCCUGCUGGCCUGCAUCAGUCUGGACCGCUACCUGUCCGUGGUCCACGCAGUCCAGAUGUACUCUCGCAGGAAGCCCUGGAUGGUGCAGGCCAGCUGCCUGUCCGUGUGGCUCCUCUCCAUCCUCCUCUCCAUCCCAGACUGGCACUUCCUGGAGUCUGUGAGACGAGACAAACAGAAGUGUGUCCAAAACUACCCGUCUCUCUCCCAGUCUGGGUUUGACUGGCGUCUGGUCUCCCGCCUGCUCUACCAUACAGUGGGCUUCCUCCUCCCAUCUGCCGUGCUGUUCUUCUGCUACUCCUGCAUCCUGUUGCAGCUGCAGCGUGGCUCCCAGGGCCUCCAGAAGCAGAGGGCUGUCCGGGUCAUCCUGGCCCUGGUGCUGGUCUUCUUCCUCUGCUGGACUCCCUACAACAUCACCUUAAUGGUGGACACCUUUCAGGGGAGGCCUGGGGAGCCUGUUUCUGGGUCCUGUGAGAACGGGAGGACAGCUCUGGAGAACAGUCUGGUGGUUACGUUCGCUCUAGCCUGCCUGCACGCUUGCCUCAACCCAGUGCUCCAUCUCGGACUGUGUAGAAACUUCCGGCGACUGGAAAUGGUGAGGUGUGUUGAGGGGGUGCAGAACGAUCCGAAACUCUCACUAUGGGAUUCAGGUGUGGUUGAAGACUCACCUGACCAAGCAGAGGAGAUGGGGACGUUGAACCCAAUGACAACCAUGGGACAGGUACAGUCCACCCAGAGCUGAUGGGUAGGAAGAGGAUCCUAAUGACUAAUAUAGUAUGUCUUCCUGCCUUGAGGGGAAGUUGUAUGGGUCAUGGGUCUGGGGACUGGUGGGUGACCGUAACCUGGGUCAUGAGAGAAAGACAUGCAUAGUAGAAAGCCCCUUAUGAGGACUGCUUUCUUUGAAUUGCACUUUAAUGGAUAACGCUCACACUAAAUGUAUAUUCGUAUAAAG